AUGAUCAACUGCAUUAUUACCAGUGCGCGGAAUAAUAUCUUACUGGUACAAUCCCUCAGUUGCAGUGAGGUUGGUCUCUAUUUAGGUAUACUGAUUUUAACAGGUUUAGCGCCAAGACAUCACAUUUUGGCGACGAGUAUUAAAAGAACUCAGAAGAAGACCAACGAAGCGAAAAACAACGAACACUCGGAACAGAGAACAGGAGAAAAACAUAACCUCAACACAACACGUGGUUCGCAACAAACGAAUCGAGGAAAAGAUAACAACAUGGACAACCACUCAACACCAGUACCUCCAUUUCAUAUAGCAGAAGACCCCAAUAACGUUGGCUCAAGGUGGGAAAAGUGGCUUAACCGUUUUGACAACUAUCUCAUAGCAGCAGGCAUCGAUAAUGAAGACCGAAAGAAAGCCAUGCUUCUCCACUACGCAGGCGAAGAAGUUCAUGAUUUAUAUUUGUCACUUCCUGAACUACCAGUAAACACAGCACAACCCAAUGAAUCACCUUAUUUAACAGCUAAACGAAAGCUCAAACAAUAUUUCACCCCUAGAGUCAACAAAGAAUUUGAAAUGUUUAAUUUUAGGCAAGCCAGACAGAGCGAGAAUGAAACAAUUGAUCAGUUUUACGCAAAGUUACUGAAACUAUCCAAGACUUGCACGUUUGAAAACCCAAAUGAAGAAAUCAAACUUCAAAUCAUCAUGAACACGAAGUACACAGAACUACGUCGAUAUGGACUCACUGAACAACCCAAUCUCGAUGAUCUAUUGAGCAGAGCACGUACAAUUGAGUGCACAGCUAAUCAACUGAAGGUCAUUGAAGACAAGAUUGUCAUGAACACAAGCACAGAAGAAUGUAGCUACUUAAACAAACAAAAGCAACACAGAACCGCACCAGCCAACAGUGGUACGAGUAAGAACAAUUGCAAAAAUUGUGGAGGCAAAUGGCAUCCAAAUGGGAGGAGAGCUUGUCCUGCUCUAAAUGUAAUUUGUCGAAGUUGUGGCAAGAAAGGACACUACGCCCGAGUCUGCAUGUCCACCACAUCAACACAACAGCAACAAGCACAAUCACGAGCAAACCCCCAGCACAACAACCAUGGCACAAAUACUAGCAUAAACAAGAAACAUAAUGGAGAGAGGAAGAACAGAGCACAAAUUCGCUUUAAUGAGCUUAACAUGGAGCCAGAGUCAACUAAUUCUGAGACAUCUUUCAAAACAACAAUUCGUCCAAACGACAGAACAGCCAUGAAAUGCCCUCAGGUGCAUGUUAAGUUGAAUGGCAAAGUAAUCAAUUUCAUUGUAGAUACUGGUUCAUCUGUUAAUCUAAUAAGCUCAAGCACAUUUAAAGAAUUUCAUCAGCAGUCACUACAACCAGAUUCCUCAUCGAUUCUCCCGUACAACUGUCAACAACAGUUAGAAGUAGUUGGAAAAUUCAAAGGUUUGUUCCAUUAUAACAACCACCAAACGCGAGCAGAUGUAUUUGUGAUAAAAGGCAACAGUGAAUCAUUAUUGAGCUACGAUACAGCAAACAAAUUGCAGCUGAUACAACUAUCUAUGAUGAUAUAUCAACCUAUGGACAUGAACUAUAUCAAAAACAAGCAUCCUAAUUUAUGUAAUGGCAUAGGUUGUCUCAAGAACCAAACUGUCAAGCUACAUAUUGAUGAGUCAAUUCCUCCAGUAGCAAAUAAACACAGGAGAAUUCCAAUAAAUCUUCGUGAAGCAGUUGAACAAGAGAUAACAAGACUGAUGAAACAAAACAUCAUUGAAAAAGCAACAGGACCAACUCCCUGGGUUUCACCAAUAGUUGUAGUUCCCAAACAUCACGAUCCUAACUCUAUCAGAAUUUGUGUAGACAUGAGAGAGGCUAACAAAGCCAUACUUAGAGAAAGGCAUCCAACACCAACUAUUGAAGAAAUAUUUGCCCAGUUAAAUGGCGCAACAGUCUUCUCAAAGAUUGAUUUGAAAGAUGGCUACCACCAACUAACAUUAGAAGAAUCUUCACGGUAUAUAACAGUUUUCUCAACACAUAUUGGUUUGUAUCAAUAUAAACGACUGAGUUUUGGGAUAAAUUCCGCUGCAGAGAUUUUUCAAAACACAAUAAGACAACUGUUAAACCAAAUAGAUGGUGUGUUAAACAUCAGCGAUGAUAUACUAAUCUUUGGAACAACUCAACAAGACCAUGAUAAGACUCUCAAGCAAGUAAUAGAACGUUUGGAUAACCAUAAUUUGACAAUCAACACAAAGAAAUGCAUUUUUAACACAAACAAAAUCGAUUUCUUUGGAUAUGUAUUCUCUAGCAAAGGCAUUUACCCUGAUCCAGACAAAGUCAAAUCUGUCUCUAACCUAGAACCGCCCAGAAACGUACAUGAACUAAGAAGCUUCCUAGGAACGUUAAAUUAUGUUGGAAAGUUCCUGCCUCACUUAGCAACAAAUACUGCAAUAUUACGUGAGCUGAUUACAAAAGAUGCUCAAUGGGACUGGACUGAAAAGCAUCACAGCGCUUUUAAUGAUCUUAAGAAACAACUAGAAUCAGCACGAAACCUCGCCUAUUUUGACCAACAGAAAAAGACGCACCUCUAUGUAGACGCUGGUCCCAUAGGACUUGGAGCGAUCCUUUCGCAAGAACUUAACAACAAAACAGAAGUUAUUUCGUACGCUAGCAGAACAUUAACUUUGACCGAACAGAAAUACAGUCAAAUAGAGAAAGAAACAUUAGCAGCAACAUGGGCCAUACAUCACUUCAGAAUAUACCUGUUAGGAGGUCACUUUGUGUUACACACAGACCACAAACCCUUGGUCUCAAUCCUACAGAACCCUCGAUCAGCUCCAAACGCACGCAUUGAACGACUUUGUUUAAAACUUCAGCCUUAUAAAUUUACAGUUCAAUACCAAAGAGGCAUAACAAAUCCGUCUGAUUAUUUAUCUCGUCAUCCAACAUACAGCCCACCAGAAGCAUAUGAUAAAAGUGAAGAAUACGUAGCUUUUGUAACCAAUCAUUCACUACCAAACACAAUUUCACUUGAAGAAAUCGAAAAUGCAAUGAAAGAUGAUUUUCAGUUGCAGCUACUGAAAAAGGCCUUGUUAGAAGAUGAUUCCUUGUUUUGGAAGAAACGAGAACUGCAAACAUUCAAGCAAAUCAAACAAGAGCUCACUGUAUAUGGUAAUAUUAUUCUCAAAGGCAGUCAAAUCGUAAUUCCCAGCAAACUGCAGAAAAACAUUAUCAGAUUGGCACAUAAAGGUCAUCAAGGUCUCGUUAAAACCAAACAACUGGUAAGAACUAAGGUAUGGUUUCCCAACAUCAACAAAAUGGUAGAAGAAGUAGUGAAGUCAUGCACAGCAUGUCAAGCAGUGACACCCUACAACCAGCGAAAUCCGAUUCAAACAUACCCGACAUCCACUCACCCGCUUGAAUGUCUAGAUGUAGAUUACGCCGGACCAUUUCCAGAUGGAAAAUAUUAUUUCAUAAUGGUGGAUGAUUUCUCAAAGUUUCCAUUCGUCAAAAAAGUACCAUCGACCAAUUUCAAACAGCUGAAGCCCGUACUUGACGAGACAUUUGCACUAUUUGGCCUACCAAAAGAACUUAAAUCCGAUAAUGGACCACCCUUUAAUGGAUACGAAUUGAAAGAAUAUCUUUCAAGCCUCAACAUCAAGCAUCAUUUAAUAACACCACGUUGGCCAGAAGCAAAUGGCAGAACUGAGAGAUUCGUGAAAACGUUCAAGAAAGCCCUCUUGUGCGCAACGAUCAACAGUAACAAUCCAGACGCAGAAAUUCAAGAAUUUUUAAUCAAUUACCGAAGCACCCCUCAUUCAACAACAAACUGCCCACCAUAUCAAAUUAUGUUCAACAGAGAAAUCAACAACUUCUUACCCACUCUCAAAAACAAGACGUUUCAUGAAUACAAUCCCCAAACGGACAUCGACAACAGAAGAAAACAAAACGAACGCGCCAAUCGUAAAAGAAGGACAUUUGAACAUCGCUUACAACUUGGACAAAAAGUUCUUUGCAAACAACAAAAGAAGAAUUCGCUGACUCCACUCUUUGAUCCAGAUCCAUACACGAUCACUAGAAUCACCGGUUCUCAAAUUGAAGCUCGACGAGGAGAAAAGGUGAUUGUCAGAAAUUCAUCAUUCUUCAAGCCACACCACUCAGCACAGAGUCCAAGGCCAGAGUAUCACCCCUCAACAAGUUUGGCACCCAGUCGAUCUUCCCAAUCUGAACAAACGCGAGCACCGUUCCCCACAACACCUCCAAGGUCGACAGCUCCAGCCACGACACCCCUUAGAAAAGACAACACGGAGGACAAAGUAAACAGUCCCCCAAAUCAACGAGUCGAGACGCCCACUGGACGACGUCCCCAGCGAGACAGAAAACCACCGUCGAAGCUUCGGGACUAUCUUGUAGAACUCUAA